GGGGAGGAACAGCACAAAGUAGACGCUGUUCAUUUCAUUUCACAUGGCUUCUAUAUCUCGUGUAGUAAACUUUUUUUAAAGCAGCUAUAUCCGUUCUUCAGCUGGUCGACCACGGGUUUUCAGGAGGCUUCAGUGAUUUUAGUCUACUUUAAACCGAAAAGAAAAGGGGGAGUUGAAGCGAGAGUGCGCGCUUGUGUAGCAUGUAGCGAGUUGCGUUUAGCGUUGCGCAUUUGGACAACCUGUGUCAGCAGGUAAGGUCCUGUACACGAAGCCCUAACUCGCUCCGGUCAAAGGGAGAGGAAAAGCAUUGCCUCGGGCAAUUCCUGUGAAGAAAAUCUGUUUUCCCUCUGUGUAAAAAAAAAAUUCUAAUGGUUCUACAGCAACACCUUAUUCAAUUCGGCACCUGAUACGGGCGAUAAUGUAAAGCUCAGAGAAAACAGAGCCACGCGUUAUCUCAGCUCAGUUUGCAUGAGGAGGGUCAAGAAACACCUCUAUCUACCUUCAAACAAACAUUUGUUUUUAUUAUAUAUAUAUAUUUUUUUUUAACUAUACUGACCAGGACAUAUUCGGAAGGAACUUCUCUUGGGUAUACGAAAAAGGAAAACUUCUAUGGAGUGAUGUAUCACAGAAGGUGUAGAGCCUCAGAAAUGUGUGAUGGUGUGUGAGCGCUUGCCAUGGGACAGAAGAAAAUCUUGCUUCUCUGUGUCACAUUUGCUUCCUUCCUCUAUCUUACAAAUCCCUCAUUAAGUGCUGAAACAGUGGUGAAAGGAAGAGUAGGGGGGACUGUAGAACUGGGCUGCACCCUCACCUCUUCAUCAGAUGGGGUCAUGACUCCCAAUCUAUUCCCUCUGCACGUGGUUGAGUGGGUGCGGCUGGGCUACAACGUCCCCAUUCUUAUAAAAUUUGGAGACUACACGCCACGUGUGCACCCAAAUUAUAAAGGCCGUGUGUCUCUGAUACGGGGAGCGUCUCUAGUGGUUGAUGGCUUGACUCUGGAGGAUGAAGGCUGGUUUGAGUGUCGGAUACUUUUGCUGGACAGAACAGCUGAUGAAUUCAGAAAUGGCACAUGGACUUUCCUGUCAAUCACAGCUCCUCCAGUGUUUAUAAAGAUACCCCCUUCCUUUGUGGAGGUCCUUUUGGGGGAAUCUCUCACCCUUAGCUGUGGUGCACAUGGCAACCCAAAACCAAAAGUCAUCUGGAGAAAAGAGGACAACACACUGGAGGAAGAAGACAAGAUUAAGGUAAUCAAUGGAACCUUAUCUUUGGUCAAGGUUACCAGGGAAACAGCAGGAAUGUACAAGUGUCACAUAUCCAACUCUGAGGGAAACUUGACUCACAUUACCCAACUACAGGUUAAAGGUUCUCCAGUCAUUGUUAUUUCCCCUGAGGACACCACCAUGAACAUGUCCCAGGAUGCAGUUCUGAAGUGCCAUGCUGAUGCAUACCCAUCUAACCUCACAUAUGAGUGGCAGAAAGAAGGGCAAAAUAUCCAUUAUGUUGAAUCUAUGAAGUCUCGUGUAAAGAUCCUGGUGGAUGGUUCUCUACUCAUUCCUGAGUUAAUCCCUGAAGACUCAGGAAACUACACCUGCAUUCCCUCCAAUGGGUUACUGACUCCACCCUCAGCUUCUGCUACCCUGAAAGUGAAAUAUCCUGCACAGGUGGUGCGGAUGCCCAGAGAGACUUACCUCCCUGCUGGCAUGGGCGGAACAAUUGUGUGCCCAGUUCAAGCUGAACCUCCGAUGCUGUUUGUCAACUGGACCAAAGAUGGUGCCUCACUGGAUAUACGCCAGUACCCAGGUUGGAUGAUAAACUCAGAAGGCUCCUUGUUCAUAGACACAGCCAAUGAUGAUGCAGUAGGCAUGUACACCUGCACUGCCUACAACAGCUAUGGGACUAUGGGUCAGUCUGAACCUACCAAAGUCAUUCUGAAGGAUCCCCCACUGUUUCAGAUGUCCCCCAGGGCUGAGUACCUACAGGAAGUUGGUAGAGAGCUGAUCAUUCCCUGCCAAGCACAUGGGGACCCAGCACCUAAUAUCACCUGGACCAAAGCUGGGAGUACACUUUUCUCUCAAUUUACUGUUUUGUCCAAUGGUUCUCUGGUUCUGCGUCCAGUCAGCAAAAAUCAUCAAGGAGCAUGGGAAUGUCAUGCUACCAACUCCCUGGCCACAGUCAGUAAAGGCACUGUGGUUCUAGUGUUAGGGACAAGCCCCCAUGCUGUGACUGGGGUAUCUAUAGAUCCAGGCACUAACAGUGCCAAUGUAUCCUGGCAGCCUGGCUUUGAUGGAGGAUAUACCCAGAGGUUCAGCAUCUGGGUGAAGCCCACUAAUAGAGAGAAACAUGAGUGGACCUCACUCCCAGUCUCCACAUCUGAAUCCAGGCUCCUUGUGACAGGUCUCCAGCCUGCCACCAGUUACCAGUUCAGCAUCUUGCCCCAGAACAAGCUGGGCUCUGGCCCAUUCAGUGGGAUUGUCACCAUCAUGACCCUUGGUCCUCCAACAUAUCCACCCACUGUAGUAACUGAUGUAGCAGCACUACUUGCUCCCACCUCACUGUCAGUCAAUUACACAGCAGUGGGUGUGCUGCUGCAGUGGCUGCCACACCAUGCUCAGUCUCCACUGAUCAAAGCCUUUGUGCUCCAGGCAAGGCAGGAGAUGGGUGAAUGGGUUACACUUGAUAGAGAAAUCAAUGUCAACUCCACAGAAAUCCUUGUUCAAGGACUGACAAGAGACUCUUACUAUGAGCUGAGGCUGCUGUCACGUGGAACUAGAAUAGUCAGUGAUCCCAGUGAAUCAGUCAGUAUCACCACUAAAGGUAUGGAGGUAUACCCAGCUCCUCCCAGCUUGUUGGCUUUUGUUACUCAGCCCCUGAUGGCUGGUGUGAUUGCGGGUGUGUGCUUCCUGUUUUUGGCUAUCAUUCUUUCAGUGGUGACAGCAUGUGUUAUGAACCAGAGGAGGAAGCAGCGCCGCAGGAAGAGACAAGAUGUUAUCUCUACUGCCUUCCAGAAGACUCGAUCUGCACAAGCUAGCUUGCCUGAUGACAGUCCCAAGAGCAUACUGAAGAUGAAGUUAUGCCCUCCACUUAACAUUUUUCCCAAUUCCUCUUCUUCCGACCGUUCAGAUCGCUCAUCCUUUGAUAAGGGCAGCCACAGCGAGUAUCAGGAUCAGAAGAAGCAACUUCUCCCCUCAUCAUCUCCACCACCAUGCUACACUCUGUUUGAGAGCCACCUAGGCGGUUCCCCGUCCACAUUGUCUGCCAUUGAGUCUAUAUCCAGAGGUCCCGAUGGCCGUUUCAUUGCCCAACCAUGUUUAGAGGAUUCUAAGGCAAUGCAAAUUAAAACAAAAAAAGAAUUCCCUCAGUCCCCUGUACAGGACAAUGCUGAAAGGAGCAAGAGUAGCUCUUUCCGAGACUCUCCCAAAUCCUGUUCAGUUAGGUCAGAGAAGAGACUGAUACAAGAUCCACCAUCAGCAGGGCAGGGCAGCCACAGCAAAUGUCUAACACUGAUGAAAGAGCAAGAGGUGGUGAGAAGCUUCACGACCAGCCUCAGAGCACAAAAGCGUGAGAAGGAGCAGAAACAGUCUAAGUCAGCAAGUCCUAUUAGAAGAUGGGCUGGGGUUGAGUUGGAUGAACCCAUCUCGAAACCUCAGGAUAUUCCUCUCCGGCAAAAAGCCCAGAGACCUAGCAGCCUGGCCCAACGAGUUUCAGAAUAUCGGAGGGGUUGUUAUUUUGGCAACACCAGUAGUCCCAUGGAGAGUCCACUCUCCUCCACCUCCCCAUACAUUCAAUGGGACAUCAGCCCUGUGACUUCUCCUACCAGCCAGGUCCCUGCUCUGAGCCCCCCAGAGGGGAACACACUUCAAUGCAUGUUCCCAAACACAUCACACAGAGGUUUGGAGGGUGUAGAAGACUCAGCAGCAGGAGAUUUUUCACAAUCAUCAGUUACACAGUACACCUCUCUUUCAAUCCUUUCCCACCAAAGGGACAGUCCUUCUUGCUGUGAGUCAGACAUAAGUAAGGCACAGGCCAAAUGCCCAGAGAGACCAAUAGACACGGAGCUUUCCAGUACAAGAAUUAUAACCGAGGAUCAUUGGAUGAGAACACAGCACUCUGCUGCUGAAAGGGGAAAAGAAGCCAGCCCUGAAGGACACUUCCCAAAAUUCAGGACUAACUUGAGCCAGAAUUUUAUUGGUUGUUUCACCAUUACCCAUGAUAAUCAGAAGAGCGAUAGUGAGAUCAAAACUGAAGAUAAACCCAGCUCCUCAUCUUUGCAACCUGAAGAAGAGAAAGAGGGUGUCAGAGCACGCUCUCGCAAGAGUGACAAGUGUGUGUUCAGUGUUAGCCCCAAUCACAUUUCUCCUCUGCCCCUUCUUGAAAAUGAAGUUGAAAGUGAUCAGUCUAAUUUCUCCAUUAGAUUAUCUGAAUCACUGAAAGGCAAGAUAGUGCCACAGCCUGACAGGAUGCCUGCUCUGCAACCAAGCACUAUUCUGGAGUAUUUAAGCCUGCCAGGCUUUGUUGAGAUGAGUGUAGAUGAACCUAUUGAGGAGUGUCAACUCGCAGAAUCUACUUGGCUCAGCACCAAACAAGCAGAUGGGACUCUGUUAAGAGGUGAACCUGAUGUGGUUCCUAAGAACUGGGAGAAUCAAGGUCAUUACCACUUAGAGGAGAAUGACGAUCACCGAAGCAGAUUUUUGGUGGAUCAUAAAAUACCCAUUCCUGUAGAAUGUUCUAUUCCUGAAAAUGUAACUAGUUCUAAACCCUGUCUACAGCUGGCACAAGGACAUACAAGUAUAAACCCAAGGUCCUCAGACACAAAAUUUAUUUCGACACAGUAUUUAGCUUAUAAAGGAAAUAGUCCCUAUCCAUUGAUCUCUGACAAAAGCCUUGGUUCUGAUAAACCCAGACACUUGAGCCCAGCACAGCCUCUAGAGAGUACUAAAGUAGUCUAUAAUAUCCCUUAUCAAGGUGAGAGUAUGGAAGAAUCUUUAUCAGAGCACACUCAGUGGUGUCAAUCUCAGAAUAAGAGGACUAACCAAGUAAGUACACGGAUCUCUCAGGCUCCUGUGCCUUUAAUGAAGAAAUCAAUAAGCACUGGUCAAUACAGGACACUCUCAGGUAUGGGGCAGCCCCGUCCAUUCCUAAGGAAAUCUCUUAGUUUAGGGUCUCAGAAGUGGGAUCAUCAUCAAAGCUCCAGGACAUAUGUCUCUAAUAAAUCUUACAAAGAUGAGCUACCCCAUCUUAGUGUAAAAGACAAGUCCUACAAUUUGGGUUGCACACCUGCAAAUUCUUACUUGAGGUCUGGUCCCUCAUGGCAAGGGACAAGGCAUGCCAAAUCAUACAGCAGCUAUGGCCCAGAGAGACCUUGUAAUAGUGAAAGACCACACAUGACUCCAUCAUCUCUCAUCAAUGCGCAUGGCCCAUCAGUCCUAGAUCCACCAAAACCUGUAGAACCUUACAGACGAGAGUCAGAUCAACAUCAACAAGCUACAGUCUUUCAAGAGUGGCCACUGUCAUAUCAAGAGACCCUAAGGUUAGUCCAGCACAGGUAUGUCCCCCAUGGUCCCCCUCGACCCCUUAGUGCACCCAGACUAGUUGCAAGGUGGGGCCAUCCUCACCCUAUGGUCUCCAGAAAGAGUUUUCAGAGGCCAUUCUUGCCUAGGGGUUACAGCUGGCCUUCACCCCACCAUGCAGUUUUUCCCUCAAGGGAGAUUCAGAGAGAACUACAUGGAGUGGUGGGCGAGGGUGAGGGCAGGGACAGUACAGGAGAGUGUGGUCGAGCCAGUUAUGCCAGCCAGAGCAGUGGUAGGGGGAGCGUGGGGCCAUUUGGGCACCUCCGCCAGUCCCUUUCCAUCACUCCUACAUUAUUGAGCUCUCCUGAGAUUACAGAGGAGAGUGAGAGGCACAAGAGAGAAUCACACCUGCAAGAGCGAAGGUCAAAAAGUAGGAAUACAUCAGUAGAUGAGUGUUAUGAGUUUGAUGCUACUGAAUACCAGAUAGGCCUUGACCUCCUGGAGGCCAUAAAGAUGGAGCACGCAGGCAUGAGGCAAGGGAGGGAACUGAGGCAUGAUAGGGUUACCAGCACUGGCCUCCAGGACCUUCAGGAGGAAGGCCCAAACUCCUUCCUUAGUUUUCCCUCAGCCUCCCAGCCUCCUCAACAACAAUACAAUCAUUCUCUUAGUGAGGCACGUUUCAGUGCCCUGAUGCAAGAGUUCCAGGAGUACCGCAGAGCACAGGGAUCCUUCUCCCAAGACCCCUGCCCCCUCCCUGACCUCAACUUUGAUUCAGAGUCUGCCCUGCUUUGAGAGCCCUAACUUGCUGUUAGCUUUGAACACCACUCUGUGACUAGAGACAUGGCCAUUAUGAAGCUAAUAUUUGGUCAGUAUUCAUGUUUCAAAUGUGAUGCAGUUUGGCUUAUCUGUGAAUGUUGGAAUGUUUCUGCUGAUCAUGCCAGGGUUCUACUGCUAACAACCAUGAUAUCGACAGUGUUUUUGUAAUAGUGAAUCUUCUUCCUUUCUGUUUCAGGAGAUAGAUUUGGGUUUUAGGAUAAAUUGUAUCCUGAAAUUUUUGAUACUCAUAAUCAUGAUGUAUAUUUAUCCUAUACUUGGACUUUAAAGGGGAUAUUUUUUUAAAUAAGAGACACCAUAUAUGCAUCAGUGUUUUCGAAAAUAACAUUCUAAUAAGAUUUAUUAAGAAAUUAGAAAAGUUGUAAAAUGUGCUCAGGUGUUUUAUUCUUUUUGUGAUAUCAGGUGCUGGAUAUACAGAAGCUUAUUUUGCAAUGACUUUGUUGGUUUUUGGAAAUACACCAAGUCACAAGAAUGCAUAGUGACUGUAAACAGAUUAAAAUGCUGAUGUGUGAGGUGCUGUUUAGCAAAACCGCUCAAAUAAUUUUCAAAUGCAUUUCUCACUGUGACUAUCAUUACAGUGUCUUGACAACCCUUGUUUGUGAGUAGGUACUUGAUAAUAUUUUGGCUACAUCACAAAAUUAUCAAAACAAUAAAGACUGUAUACAGGUAUUUGGACAAUCUGUUUUUGCUGCCUUAAAAUGUAACUGCUUCCACGCCUCUAAAUUGCAUGUUCUAUGACUCUCAUUUUCACUAUUUUGGGUCUCCAAUGAUGUUUAAUUCACUUUAAUGUGUACAAAGCUAGAUUUGAAUUUGCUUGAUAUUAAUACAUGCAACUUUAGGGUACAUUGUUACGUCAGCAUAUGUGUUAUAUGUUUUACCUAAUAAGAGUGAGUCCCCACUGACCAUAUGACUUUACAACUGAAACUGAUGAAAGGCUGUUUAUGAGUACUAUUCAUGAGUACAAAUAUAUAUAUAUAUAUAUAUAUAUAUAUAUAUAUAUAUAUAUAUAUAUAUAUAUAUAUAUAUACAUACAUACACAUAUACAUAUGUAAAAAUGUCCAAAUUUGGCCCUAAGUGUCAAUAUUUAGUGUGGCCACCAUUAUUUUCCAGCACUACCUUAACCAUCUUGGGCAUGGAGUUCACCAGAGCUUCACAGGUUGCCACUGGAGUCCUCUUCCACUCCGCCAUGACGACAUCAUGGAGCUGGUGGAUGUUAGAGUCCUUGUGCUCCUCCACCUUCCAUUUGAGGAUGCCCCACAGAUGCUCAAUAGGGUUUAGAUGGGUUUAGACAUGCUUAGCCAUUCCAUCACCUUCACCCUCAGCUUCUUUAGCAAGGCAGUGGUCGUCUUGGAGGUGUAUUUGUGGUCGUUAUCAUGCUGGAAUACUGCCCAGUGGCCCAGUCUCCGAAGGGAGGGGAUCAUGCUCUGCUUCAGUAUGUCACAGUACAUGUUGGCAUUCAUGGUUCCCUCAAUGAACUGUAGCUCCCCAGUGCCGGCAGCAGUCAUGCAGCCCCAGAUCAUGACACUGCCACCACCAUGCUUCACUGUAGGCAAGACACACUUGUCUUUGUACUCCUCACCUGGUUGCCGCCACACUCGCUUGACACCAUCUGAACCAAAUAAGUUUAUCUGGGUCUCAUCAGACCACAGGACCUGGAUCCAGUAAUCCAUGUCCUUAGUCUGCUUGCCUUCAGAAAACUGUUUGCGGACUUUCUUGUGCAUCAUCUUUAGAAGAGGCUUCCUUCUCGGACGACAGCCAUGCAGACCAAUUUGAUGCAGUGUGUGGCGUAUGCUCUGAGCACUGACAGGCUGACCCCCCAACCCUACAACCUCUGCAGCAAUGCUGGCAGCGCUCAUAUGUCUAUUUCCCAAAGACAACCUCUGGAUAUGACGCAGAGCACGUGCAAUCAACUUCUUUGGUCAACCAUGGCGAGGCCUGUUCUGAGUGGAACAUGUCCUGUUAAACCACUGUAUGGUCUUGGCCACAGUGCUGCAGCUCAGUGUCAGGGUCUUGACAAUCUUAUAGCCUAGGCCAUCUUUAUGUAGAGCAACAAUUCUUUUUUUCAGAUCCUCAGAGAGUUCUUUGCCAUGAGGUGCCCUGUUGAACUUCCACUGACCAGUAUGAGGGAGUGUGAGAGCGAUGACACCAAAUUUAACACACCUGCUCCCCAUUCACACCUGAGACCUUGUAACACUAACAAGUCACAUGACACCGGGGAGGGAAAAUGGUUAAUUGGGCCCAAUUUGGACAUUUUCACUUAGGGGUGUACUCACUUUUGUUUCCAGCGGUUUAGACAUUAAUGGCUGUGUGUUGAGUUAUUUUGAGGGGACAGCAAAUUUACGCUGUACACAAGCUGUACACUCACUACUUUACAUUGUAGCAAAGUGUCAUUUCUUCAGUGUUGUCAUAUGAAAAGUUAUAAUCAAAUAUUUACAAAAAUGUGAGGGGUGUACUCACUUUUUUGAGAUACUGUAUAUUGCUUGAAUAUUUAUAUUUAAUAUUUAUUGAAUCUUAUUAGCAAAAGUAAUAUUUUGAAAUCACUUUUAUGAAAACUUGCAUAAUGCUAAAUGUACAUUUAUAUUAAUAAUGUUAUCAUUUAUUUAGCACUGUCUGUUUCUUGGUGUUUCAGGCAAGUGAUAUUUCUUUACCUGUUUGCUAAAAGCACAAAGGCUUCUGUUAAAAUGUUGGAAUUAAAGCCCCAAUUAUCAGUUACUAGCUUGUGCUAUAGAAUGAUAGCAUACAUAUAGCUAACGUACUGUAUAUAUUGUACUUGUUGUUGUCUUCUAAUAUUGCUUAUAUUUCCUUGUUUUGCUCAUAGCAUGGCCAUUCAAAAGGCAUCCAUGCUGAAAUUCCCAAACUCAGCUCUACAAAUUUUUUACAAAUGAUUCCUAUCUGGGGCUUUCAGUAUGUUUCUUCAUACUUCAUUCAUGUUAUUUUACAUUUGUGUACUAGAUGUAUAUAAUUGAUCAAGUGGAGCAUCAGUUAUCAAAAUGUUAAUUAAUGGUUGCUUUGUUCCAUCCAACUUAUUUCCCACUGCUAUUUUAAUAAUGUAUUUAUUUUAUACCUAUUAUUGAGAACAGACAACUGUCAUUAUUUUAUGACUCACUCAGUGCCUUAUGUGUUUGUACAAGUCUUGUCAUCUUUGUCUAACUGAGGUCUGUUGUAUAACGUCACCCUGCUCAAUAAGCCACGUUUUAUUUGUUCAGUUUUCAACUACUGUAACGAAGCAUGUUUGAGAGAAUUUUUAUAUAUAAAUAUUUUUGCUUUCACACUAAGACUUUAAUUUACAGUUUUGUAUAUAUGUGACUGAAGAUGAUACCAUGCAGCUGUGUUUACGUUCAUGCCUUCAUUUCAGUGUGAACUAGCUGUUGUAAAUGUUUUGUAUAUAUCAUAUUUUGCGAAAACAUUGUUUUUGAGUAGUAGUUUUUUAAAGAAAUCUAUUUUAUAUUUAAAAUACUUUAUGUAAAUUUUGUUCAACAAUUAUCAGCAUUUUGAAAAGGAUUUUCAAGUUUUGUAUAAUUUAUGAGUUUUAUAUUUUGUUUUUCAUGAAAUUUUAUUAAAUAAAUUGUCUUUAUUUACUAAA